AUGUUCUUAGGAGUAUGCUGUCUAUAUGUUUACCUUCUUGUUCAUUCGAUUCUCGCCCUAAAUUACCAAGUGUCUGUGCAAUUGGGAUCCUCGUGGAAAGAAACGCCAAUCGUCGCUGAAGCAGCGGAGUUCUUGGCUCAAUUGUCCUCAAAUUAUUUCUGGGACUUUGUUGAUAGCUUGGACUAUCUCUUGGAACAUAAUGCUUCAUCCGAUUUGUUUUCAUCAAGUGAAAAAAUUUCACUAGACGCGAUGCGAAAGCUUGAAGAAAUAGUUUUAAAUGUCCAAGGCGUGUCUGUGGAUGAGGAUGGUAAUCGCGAUUUACAGAGACGCCUGUUCAGUCUGACCCUGGCUUCUAGGGCUCUAUCACCAGCAGUCCAGACGGCUAAUCAUAUGGCUAGAGUGGCUCAUUUUCAGUGGAUUUUUAACAAGUCAGAGGUUUGCGGAGAUAGCAGAACGUGGGGUCGCAUCGGUUCCACAUUCAUAUGUGAUCUUGUUCAUCUUGGCGACAUCGUCAAGGCGGCCUCUAUUGCCUGUUCAGAUGGCUGCCCUGAGUCGCUCGCUGAUUCUGCAUUGCUUUCUGAUAACGUUUACCCAUUUACGAAUGAAUCAGAUGCUAUUCCGCGUUUAAUAAUACACGGCGACUUGCGGUGCAAGGAAUUUUAUGCUUGGCAUAAGAAAGCAAAGCAGCUUGUGGAGGAGAAUUCGGUUGUUUACAUUUUUAGGCACUUUUUCAAAGCUACCUCUUUAUCAAAAACAUGGCUAAAUGGAUAUGGGGUUACAUUAGCUCUAAAGAGCACUGAGUAUAAAGCCAUGGAUGACAAAAAUGAAGGUGGUAAAGAUAUGUUUGAGGAUGCGUCAGAUCUGAAUGAGACGGAGUCUGUGUUACAGGGAUUUAACUUCACUCAAUUGCAUGCAAAGUAUCCCGAUUUGAAGGCAGAAUUAGACGCAUUUCAACGCCAUCUCAUAACUGGAAUCAGUGAAGUGAAGCCUCUCAAGGCUUGGCAAAUGCAAGAUCUCGGCUUGCAGGCUGCCCAAACCAUUAUGGAUGCUGCCAAAGAAAGGGACAAUGCUAUUGCUGGCUUACUGAUGCUGCAGGAUUUAAGUCAGAACUUUCCUUCCCGUGCUUAUCAACUGUCACAGCGAAAUGUGUCUGUCAAGAUGAGAGAUGAGAUGAAGUACAAUCAGGAGGUCCUUAAGCACCUCUACGGCAUACGACCAGGGAAUAGUCUUCUUCUUCUUAAUGGGUUGGCUCUUUCGCCAGACAUUGACAUUUACGCCCUCUUGGAUCUUCUGCGUUCUGAGAGCCACCUUCUCAAUCAACUUCAUGGCCUGGGGCUCUCGACCGACCAGGCCACUCAGUUGUUGCAGGCUUCUCCCAGAGGCGAAGACUCCUAUCGCCUUAGUACCUUUAUAGAGAGUUACAAGCACACAGUCACUGGUGAACAUCUUCUAGACUUGCGCAAUGCACCAAUUCUCUUUCUGAACGACAUUGAGCGAAAUUCAGGCUAUGACAGUUGGCUGCCAAGUAUGCAUGCCCUUUUCACGAUGGGCCCACCGGGUGCCUUACGACAUAUUCGGAAAAACCUUUUCAAUGUUGUGUUUGUUGUUGACCCCUCGCAACGGACUUCCAUCGAAAUGCUUAAAUUGGCUGAAAUUAUUAUAAUGAAGAAGGUCCCUAUUCGUAUUGGCCUCCUUUGGUCUGUUAAUCCCGAGACGGAGUCCGUGAGCCGGACCAUGGUCCGCGCCUUCAACUACCUUGCAAGUAACGUCAAAACCUAUCCCAAUCGUCGUGGUGUAGCGUUGGGUCUAGGAUAUCCUGGUGCCAUGACUGCGCUUAAUUUUCUCACCGACCUCUAUGCCAACUCUAACAACGGUGAUACAAGUCUGCUAACCAGCGAUUUUGUCGAGGCCGAGUUUGAAAACAACUUUCCCGAAGCCUAUCUUGAGGACAUUUUUGUCGAACCGGGGUUUGAGUGCCCCUAUGAUUCUGAAAUCAAGAAUCAUUGGGACUACUUGGAUAUAAGUGGUAUUAAGCAGUCCGUGGGCUACCCCUGCCUCAUUUCCAAUGGCAUGGUUUUCUCUAUGGAUGGAAUCAAUAAAAUGGGGGGUUUGCAGGCGACCGUCAUGACAACUGCAUUGGAACAGACGACAUACUUCCAACAAGCCACCCUUGAAGGUCGACUACACGAUAGUUUAUCCGUAGUAGAUUUGUUUGCGGCAGAUGAUCUAUUUGUUUCUCGGGUCAACCAUCGUCUCUUACCUGUCUUACCUCCUCUGGUAAAUAAAUUUUCUCUUGGGUACGGGUUCGACGGCACCCCUGCGUCUCCCUUCCUCCAAUUCGGCCAGUUUAAGGCUCUCAGCGGAGAUCUGGACUUGAAGAAUGUAACAGCUGGGGAAAUAACUAAUCUUUUGGCUGAUGAAAUGCGCUAUCUACUAAAAGGCGAAUUGGAGAACGAAACCCGUGCGAACACUAUAUGGGUGGUGCUGGGCGAUGUAGAACCCUCUGCUGGAGUCACCUCUAGUCAUGGUCUUUUGUUGCUCGCACAGGCGGCCAGGUUCAUGCGCCGACAUGCGGCCAUGGGUACACGCCUUGGUCUCGUCCUUAACCCCUCUCAUCCGCCUACCGGUCAGACUGUUGGCGUCUGGGGUGGUUGGGGUUGGUUCACUCGGGUCCUCCUACUCAUUGGCCAUCCAGCUGAGCGCAUGCUUCAUCCACCCCUCUUCAAACGGUCCCAAAAGUACAUGAAUGUUAUGGCUGCCAAAAACUUUGCGAUCAAAAUCGUCGAGGAGGCUCUCAAGGUCUCACGGGGCGAAACGAAGAGCGUUCGUCCUCUCUCUGAAUUGGCUGUCACGGGUCUUGAGGUCGAUAACUUCCUCAAAGCCUUCAUUGAACUCGAUCUGGACCAAAAACUCGCUAUACAUAUGACCUUCUGUCAGAAGGCGCUUCACAUGCGACCGGGCGACUCUGCGGUUAUUAUCAAUGGUCGUGUUUAUGGUCCCCUGGGAGGCAACGAAAUAUUCGCUUCGGAGGAUUUCCGUUUGGCCGAGCAGCUCUCUAUUAGGAGUGCCGGUAUGGACGAAAUGGCUAAACGCCUCGCCAAAUUGGUUCCGGACUCAAAUUCUAACUACGUCUCUGAAUUGGUCUGGAGGACGGCUUCUGUUCUGGAAUCAGCUAAGUGGCGACUGAAUGCUUUCGCCAAAAGUUUGUCUUCGGAAGGUAUAUUCACAAGUGGUGGAAUUUCACGCAUGACUUUCAGAGGUGCAAGGCUGACCUAUUCAGCAUUUACGCUGCCUGCAAGCAACGCUGGCCUAAAGUACGAUAUUGUCGCUUUGGUGGAUCCGGUCUCGCGUGAUGCACAACGACUCUCCCAAAUACUGCUCGUUUUACAAAGAUCCCUUCCUUGCAAUAUCACCGUUAUUUUGAACCCAGUAUAUGGACUCAGUGAUCUUCCCCUAAAGAACUACUACCGCUUCGUCUGGAAUCCGAGUCUCUAUGCUUCAGAAGGCGGGGAUCUGGCUGUGCCUCCAACAGCACUCUUCGAUCAGUUACCCGGGAAAUCCCUUCUCACUCUCGGUGUCGACGCACCCCACAACUGGAUGGUGACGCCCAUUCGAGCCGAUGAGGAUUUGGACAAUUUGCGGCUUGUCGAUAUUGCUGCUCGCACUGGGGGUCAUCGAAUCGAGGCGGAGUUUGAGUUAGAGUAUCUUCUACUUGAGGGUCACUGUCUGGAUGAGUCAACUAGGCAGCCUCCCAGAGGUCUCCAGUUCACUCUCGGGACGGCCGAAAAGUUAGACCGCUACGAUACUAUUGUAAUGGCUAAUUUGGGUUAUUUUCAGCUGAAAGCGAAUCCCGGCGCAUGGCAUCUUAACCUGCGAGAGGGUCUAUCACGAGAUAUCUACAAUAUCAUCGGACACGAAUAUGCAGAUAGCCCUCCGGAUGCACCCUCUUUGAUAGCUGUUAUCGACAGCUUCCGUCCAAAGAUAAUUCGCACCGAUGUUCAAAAAAAACCCGGUCAUCUCAAGGACAGUGUUCUAGACGUGAAUGAGGAGGGGGAAUCAAAGACAUCUGGCGGCGAUGGCAAUCAAGCGAAACCUCUUGAAAAACUUUGGUCUGUUGUUGACAGUACACUAAACUUUAUCAAAAAGUCUUCAUAUGCGUCCGGGGACCCUGCAAGAAAUCCGAACAACGAAACCAUCAACAUCUUUUCUUUAGCCUCUGGGCAUCUUUACGAGCGCUUUCUUCGCAUUAUGAUGCUCACGGUGAUUCGGAACACGAAAUCUCCUGUCAAAUUUUGGUUUUUGAAGAACUACCUGUCGCCUUCCUUCAAGGAGUUCAUUCCCUACAUGGCUGCCGAGUACGGCUUUGAGUACCAACUAGUACAGUACCAAUGGCCUCGUUGGUUGCACGCUCAGACAGAAAAACAGCGCAUUAUCUGGGGCUACAAAAUCCUCUUCCUCGAUGUCCUCUUCCCCCUUGAUGUCAAGAAAAUCAUUUUUGUCGAUGCCGAUCAGAUCGUACGUGCAGAUUUGCAGGAGUUGGUGAACCUCGAUCUGGAGGGUGCGCCCUAUGGCUACACACCGUUUUGUGAUUCACGAAAGGAGAUGGAAGGCUUCCGUUUCUGGAAAAGUGGUUACUGGCAAUCUCACUUGGGUGACCGCCCCUACCACAUAUCAGCACUUUACGUGGUUGACCUGGUCCGAUUUCGUAAGAUGGCUGCUGGCGACCGUCUGCGCGGGCAAUACCACGCCCUUUCGAAAGACCCAAACAGUUUGUCCAACCUAGAUCAGGACCUCCCCAAUAAUAUGAUUCACCAAGUGCCAAUCAAAUCACUUCCCCAAGAGUGGCUUUGGUGUGAAACGUGGUGUUCAGAUGAGAGUAAGGCGCAAGCCAAGACAAUCGACUUGUGCAACAAUCCAAUGACUAAAGAGCCCAAACUCUCAGCUGCAAUGCGAAUCAUACCAGAGUGGAACAAGUAUGAUGAUGAAAUCAACGCCCUCCAACAACGCUUUGCUGAAGUUAAGAAAAACAUAUCCAAAAAGCACACCAACUUUGACUCAUUUACAAAAGAAGGUACUCUUCCGCUUGUUUAA